CUGGAUGUAUUUCUUGUGUUUUCUCAGCCAGUUUCUCACUCACACUCUCCGCUCAGCCGAGAUUCAGAGAGCAGAGAGAGAUUCUCACAGGGAAUUAGAAGGGAGUGGUGGGGGAACCCUGAAUUUCAUCAUUUCUCACUCAGAAAGAGCAAACAGGAGGGACGAGAGGAAAUAAAUUAACAAAAGAUGGAGAGGAAGCAGGGAAAGGUGGACCACCUGGACCUGGAGCGGCCGAGCCCUUUGAAUGACACGGAGAGGGUGAUGGUCCAGGACUCGUGGGCACAAGUCUUCCAGAACUGUGAGGAUGUAGGGGUGGCCAUCCUGAUCAGACUCUUUGUAAACUUCCCCGUUUCCAAGCAGUACUUCAGCCAGUUCAAGCACAUCGAGGACACGAGGGAGCUGGAGCAGAGCUCACAGCUGAGGAAACAUGCUCACAGAAUCAUGAACUCCAUCAAUAGCUUGGUGGAGAACCUCGACAGCUCGGAGAAGAUGGCCUCGGUUCUGAAGCUGGUGGGAAAGGCUCACGCGCUCAAGCACAACGUGGAUCCAAAGUACUUUAAGAUUCUGAGUGGCGUGAUUCUGGAGGUCCUGGGAGAAGAGUACCCAGAGGUCGUGACGCCAGAAGUGGGCUCAGCUUGGACCAAAGUCUUGGCCAAUCUGUGCUACGGCAUCAAAGCAGUCUACGAAGAAGUGGGCUGGACGCCACAGUCGGCCUCAACCGGCUGAAACCUUUAGCCUCAGACACCAAGAAUCAACUGACUGUAAUCUGAAAAUACAGUUUAAAUAUAAUCUAUGAUAAUCAUGGGCUAUGUAUAAGAUAAUAUAUAAAAAUAUAUACAGAAAUAGGAGCGAGUACUGUGCCCUUUUAUAGCUAGCAGCAUGUUUGUAAGAGAAAGAGAAUAACUUAGCAGCUCCUCUUCUUGCAUUUGUUCUCUUUUGAAGACUAACAUAUUUAGGACAAAGCAAAGAAGGGAAAUAAAGUGCAAACAUAGACUCGACAGUGGAAGAGAGGUCAGAUUGGUUUUGGGUGUGCCUUUAACUGAAUGUGUAGAAUCUGAAAUGUAAACAGGAUUCUUUGUAAGCAUUAUAAUGUUUUACAGAUGCCUCUUAUCCAUCUGUGUUUUACUUGUGUCCACUU